ACUAAUUCGCUGUCAUUCGUUACGUCAUGCUCCAAGUGAACACAUUAAAUUCCAAGUAAAAUUCUAAAACUUUUGACAAUGGCGAACCUCCAAAGCGUCAGCAACCACACCUACUACUCCAACACAAAGUCCCACCUCAGCACCGACACGGAGACGGCGUUUCCGACCCUCCAGGUUAUCCUGGAGGAGAAAAACCGGGUGAUCGACAAGCUCAAAAAGCAAGUGCACAAUCAGAGGAUCCAGCUCGAGUUCUACAUAAAGAAGGAAAUGAACAGCCCUCUCAUGGUCGAGUUCGCCAAAACGUGUCUGCCCGAGCUCACGGACGAUAACAUGACGGUGGCGCUGGCCAUGAACAAGUUCUACAGGGAGUUGGGGAUGAAAAGUCGGAUGAUGGACCUGUACGACCGCAUUUGUAGUAUCGCUGGGCGCACGAAUUGUAUAAUCCAGACGCAGGAGGUUAUUUUGAACGAGAUUAUUAGCAAUAUGAGGGACUAUAUGAACCCGAGCGAGUUUAAGAAGUUCUUGGGGAAUUUCGAUAUUAACACGAAUUAUAUAGAGGUGUUUAAUAGUUUGUUGGAUACUACGUUGAGCUUGAAGAGGUCGAUGAAUAGUUUUCGGAAUUGUUGCGACAGGCUGGUUAAUACUGAAGAGAAGAGAAACGAAAUAGUCGAACAGGUUUACUCCCUCCCCCAAGAAGAACGCACCAUCUGCAACUACCUCGUCAACAUCCAAAUGGAAAAAUUCGAGCUCGAGAACAUGCUAAAACAGCUCUCCAAGAAGCGCAAACGAAUCGAGCCCGUCGUCGACGAGAUCGACAUAAUCGAAAACAACCUCAAACUCCUCUACGAGAACUUCGACAACCUCCACGAGGAGGACGAAGCGGAUUACUGCGUCACGAAAAUGCUGGAAAAGGUUUACGCUCAAGCCAUGUCGCUCCUGACGCUCUCCCGGGAGCAGCGCGAGAAGUACAACAAAGAAGUCGAGCAGCUGAAGGAGGAGAACGAGAAACUCCGCGAAAUUAUCCGGCACAUCGACAACAGGGCCGGAAGCGGAAAAUGUGUGGCGGCCGAUUUCAACGACAUUGAGAAGCUGCACAACGUGAUCAAGAAAACCAUCAGCGAAGCGCGCAAAUUCGAAAAGUCGAAGAGCGACGAGCUGAAGCAGAAGUCGCAGGAGUGCGAGCAGCUGAAGAAGAAGCUGAGCGAGGUGGUGCUGCAGAAGAGGCAGCUGCAGAGUCUGCUGGAUACGGACGAGUCGGAAGCUAACGAGUUUUUUUUGGAGCGGGAAGUUGACGGUAGAAAGAUUUCAUACUAUGUGCCAGUUGAAGGUCUGCAAGCCCUGCGUACUCACUCUGUGUAGUGGGUAGGUCGUCAGUGACUUUUUUGUUGUUCGGUUUUGAUUUUAGUAACGCACUGAGGAUCAUUGUUAGAUUGCUGAGAAUAAAGCCUGUUGUUAUUAA